CAAUAACAAUUGAAAGACCUAAAUUACCAAUUAAAAGGCCCAGAAGAACACUUGAGACCGUUUAUCUUAUUUUGUUAAUUUAUUCCCAGAAAAAACCCAAAGUAGAGGCGCGAUUUUGGGCAAUAAAAUUAAAAUCUGAGUUUAGUGUGGAGCGAGAGUUGUCGAUGUCGAAAAUAUGGGAGAAGAUCACCGGACUAUUCACCAACAGAACUUUCGCCGGAAUCGAUAAAGCCGGCAAUCGUUACUUCGCCAAAACUGAACAAAUCGACGGCAUCAUGAAAGAAAAACGGUGGGUGGUAUUUAAAGGGGAACAUGAGCCAACAUCUGUACCUGUUGAAUGGAUAUGUUGGCUUAAUGGGCAGCGCAAAAGAGCUCCAACACCAGAGGAAAUGGCAGAUAUGGAGGCUAGACGUGAACGCGUGAAACACAAUGUUGCUCUUCUCAAAAAGGAGGAAGAGGAAAGGAGAGCCAAAGCUGGCAGUAAUAGCAAGCGUACUAGCACCGGUAAAGUUGAAGGUCCAGACCUGAAAAGUUUUGUCCAACAAUUUCCAGUUACUUCAGCAGAUGGUAAAAAUACAGAUACACCUGCUGCAACAAAGGGCACAAGGAGCUCGCAAGAAAUAAAGACUCAAGAAAAAACUGCCAAUCAAGCAGAACACGAGUCAACAGAGCCUUCAGGAUCUGGAUCGUCAUUUAGACCCGGGACAUGGCAACCGCCGACAUGACAGACAAAUCAUCACACUACUCUGGGAUAUUCACCAACUCACCUUGAAGCUCAUGUUAUACAAGCCCACCAACUGAUUUUAUUAUUACAAACUGAAGCCAUCAGUGAAGCUCAUGUUAUACAAGCCCACCAACUGAUUUUAGUAUUACAAACUGAAGCCAUCAAUCAAUACAGCAAACACUUGCCUUGUGAUAGGUUGAAUAUUCUUUCUUGCAAAUUUUGAAGGUAGUUUGGAUGCCCGAUUUAAAAGUUUAAUGUACUAUAUUCUGUCAAAACAUUGUCAUGUGAUGUUUUCGAGAUAUUCUCCGAGUUGCAGUUUUUUUUCUA